GAUAGCUCACCACCACGCGUUCCACCAUGUCUUCCUAAAUUGUGUUUCUGAUUCCUCGCUUUACCUCUUAGUCGUGUGGUGACUUAGUUAUAGGGCUUUCCACUCUAUCCAUAUAGGUUUAAGGAAAUGUUUCAAAUCACUGUUGGAGCGUAAAAUGAUGCAAGCAGCGGGACAGGUAGUUGGUAAUGGUGCAGUAGAAAGGCGUAUGAGCUCUGAUCAUAUCAAGGAUGGAGGUGUCACAUUUUGGAGCACAACUGAACGCGGAAUUAAAGCAGAACUGCGGCUACAACAUCAUCCUUACGACACAGAAUCAUGGGGAGUACUAAUAAGAGAGGCACAGAAUACUCCUUUGGAAACAUCUAGAGUUCUGUGUGAAAAGCUUGUAAGACGAUUCCCUAAUGCUGGUCGUUACUGGAGAUUAUACAUUGAGCAAGAGAUGAAACAUAAGAACUAUGAACAAGUAGAAAAGCUCUUCCAGAAAUGCUUGAUCAAGGUGUUAAACAUUGAUCUCUGGAAGUGUUACCUGUCAUAUGUAAAGGAGACUAAAAGCUCUCUUCAAAAUUUUAGAGAUAAAAUGCAGCAAGCUUAUGAAUUUGCCCUGGAUAAAGUUGGAGUAGACUUCAACUCUUACCAAAUUUGGUUGGAUUAUGUCAAUUUUUUGAAGUCAGGUGAAGCAGUUGGCAGUUAUGCAGAAAACCGCAAGAUAAUCAACAUUAGAAAAGUUUAUCAGAGAGCUGUGGUGACUCCUAUCAUUAAUUUGGAGGCACUUUGGAGGGAAUAUAAUGCUUUUGAACAGAGUGUAAACAAGCUGUUAGCAAAGAAACUGAUUGAUGAUAAAACAAGAGAUUACAUGAAUGCCAGGAGAGUUUCAAAGGAGUAUGAAGCCAUUACCAGAGGACUGGUCAGAGGAAACCCUUCAGUUCCUGUUCAGGGAACUGCUGAUGAAAUUAAACAGCUACAAAUAUGGAAGAAGUAUAUUGCUUGGGAAAAGAGUAACCCACUGAGGACAGAAGACACUGCCCUUCUUACUAAGAGAGUUGUGUAUUCAUAUGAACAGUGCUUGCAGACAAUGGGGUUUCAUCCAAACAUCUGGUGUGAGGCAUCAUUGUACUUGGAAAAAGUCAGUCAGAAGUUGAUGGAUAAGGGGGACAUGCAGGGAUCUAAAGUACUUGGAGAUGAGACUGCUGCCAUGUAUGAAAGAGCCAUCACAGGGAUCAUGAAACACAGCAUGCUAUUGUAUUUUGCAUAUGCUGACUUUGAAGAGGGGAGAAUGAAGUUCCAGAAGGCAAAGGAAAUUUAUGAAAAAUACUUAGCACUUGAGGAUAUUGACCCAACUUUGGUUUAUAUUCAAUUCAUGAAAUUUGCAAGAAGGUCUGAGAGUGUCAAAGAAAGCAGAGCAAUUUUUAAGAAAGCAAGAGAGGAUUCAAGAACAAACUUUCAUGUGUUUAUAUCUGCUGCCCUCAUGGAGUACUACUGCAGUAAAGACAAAGCAGUGGCAUUUAAGAUCUUUGAGCUGGGCUUGAAGAAAUAUAUGAAUGAAACAGACUAUGUACUGGCUUAUGUUGAUUAUCUAUCACAUUUAAAUGAUGAUAACAACACAAGAGUACUGUUUGAGAAAGUUCUGAGUUCCAUGCCCAAAGACAAAGCAAGUGAAGUUUGGGGGAAAUUCUUGGAAUUCGAAACCACAAGUGGUGACUUGGCCAGCUUAGUAAAAGUAGAGAACAGGAAACUUGAAAUCUAUCGAGAGGAACUGGAAGGGCAUGAAACAUCAGUGCUUGUUGACAGAUAUAAAUACUUAGACCUUUUUCCUUGUACUUCUUUGGAACUAAAAAUAAUGGGCUAUGUGGGCUCAACAAAACAGAAUGGCAAUGCACCAAGCAUGCUGUCCUCUGUUCCUUCUCAAAGUGAACAGAAUGAAGAAAAACCGGUGAAAUAUCCUCGGCCAGACACAUCACAGAUGACACCAUUUAAACCAGCUGCAGGAGCUGUUGGGCUUCACUCAGUACCAGGGGGAGUUUUUCCAGUUCCACCUGUGGCAGCACAUCUUAUGACUCUUUUACCUCCUCCAUCUUGCUUCCAGGGUCCAUUUGUAAUGGUUGAUGACUUCAUUCAGUUAACUUUAGAGUCUGAAAUACCAGAACCAGCGCCUUCAGGUUUACCAGACACUGAGAUGGGUCCACUGAACGGUGUUGAGGGUGGUGAAGAUGGAAUAGAAGUUGAUCAAAACAAACGGGGUGUCAAAAGACCUGGGGCUGAUCAUGAAAGUGAUGAUGAGAGUUCUGCUGCACCACCUGAGAAUGACAUCUACAGGAGUCGUCAACAGAAAAGAGUGCACUGAAAAAAAAAGGGGGGAAUUUCAUCAUCCUCAAAACCUGGGGAGCAUAACCGUUGUAGCUUGCAUUUCUGCCAUGUGUUAUUCUGAACCUGGAUUGAGAGGCAGAGGCUGUCUGCAACAAAGGCUAACCCAUUUAAGACAUCUAUUUUUCUAAUUCACUAAAGAUUAUGUCCUCCCUCCUCCCUCCCCUGAUAAUUCACCAGAGGAGGAAUGAAGAUUUAACUCAGACAAACAAGGGAAUUGUAGUCUUAGCUAUGCCCCAUUAUUAAGGGUCAAAGAAAUUCUCAAGGAGUUAAAAAUUCUUACCACAUACAGUUAUUACUAAAACAUGUUCAUUUUGCCAGCUUCAUGGUUGAGCUUCACAACUUGAAAUCACGUUAAAGUCAAGCCUCAGACAAGAGAUACAUGUAUUAUUUAGUUUCCUUCGAUGAUCUUUGAGGCCAAUUGAGAGCAAGAAAGCAUUUAUUUAUAUUUUACAAAUUGACCUCUGAACUCUAUUUUCCUUUCACUCUCUGCCCCAGUCAGUGGUCCUCAGUCAUCAAUGUUUGUACAGCCCAUUUAGAAUUAGUUUUUAGUGCCUUGAAUAUUUAAAUAGUUUGAACAGUUUUUCCUUGCACUUACUAAUUGCAUAUAAAACUGUGUAGCGUCUCGAGCUGAGUCUCUCUUGGAAGAUCUUAUAAUAAAGAUUAGCAAAUG